GCUUGUGUCGAUGACAGAUCAAUCAAUUCAACAAAACAAUAACACCAAUGUCGGAGUUUCUCGUUUCUCUGAAUCUAUUUAUUCUAGAAACAUGAAGACUCAGAAGAGAAAUAUUCAUUUUUUCGAUUUGUACUGGGAAGACAUUCUAGUCUCAAAGGUUUUGCCGUAUCUGACUAUUCAAGAAUGCUUCAAUUUCCGCUGUGUUUCGAAAACUUGUCUACAAAUUUCAAACAUGUACAUUUCCAAAAUGAACUCUCUAAAGUUAAUGAAUAAAGGUUUCUCCCCGCACACUUUUGGAGUCUUCAACUCGUGUACAAAGCUGACUGUGAUAAACCUGAGCAAAUGCACGACGCUGAACGACAGUGAAAUUAUACCCAUAUUCAGGCACAACGUGAAUCUGACCCACCUGAACCUGAGCCAGUGCAAGACGUUGUCGGCUAAGUGCUUGCAGCCAGUGAUCCUGUACUGCACCAACUUGAAGGUGUUGAAGCUGUCGCGCUGCGCGUGGCUCACCACCGGCGCCGUGGAGGCGCUGGCGCUGCACCAGAGCCGCAUAGAGGACGCGGACCUCUCCUACUGCCCAAUCAUAUCAGAAAGCUGCAUACAGAUUUUCAUCAAAAAGUUCCGCCAUCUCAAGAUUUUCAAUCUUGAAGGGAACAAACAGGUCUCAGACAAAAGUCUUAUAGCCAUGUCGAAAUACAGCAACUCCUUGAGCCUUCUGAAUUUGGGUGGUUGUUCUGAUAUAACGGAUAAAGGAAUAAAGGCUCUGGCGGUCCACUGCUCCAGCCUGCAGGGGCUGCUGAUUCGAGGAUGCUCCAAGGUGACAGAGAACAGUCUCCGCCUUAUGCGUAAUCGUGUGCACUUGGACCGAAGACCGGCUGAACCUGUGCCUCAGCCUAUUUACGUGCAGAUAUGAAACAGGUAGCUCAUGCCAUGCGUUACUAGAAGGCUUUUGGACUCAGCUAUUCCUAAAACCAGAAAACAGGUCAAGGGAUUAAGUAUAGAGGAAAUUAAUAUAGGUACUUACCAUCACAAUGCUUGUUUCUAAUUUGGAAAUCUGAUACUGGGCAUAAUACAAGCUGAUAGGUUUUUAAUUUCCAGCCAGAAAAGUGUUAAAUAGUAAUUAAUAUUUUUAGGGAUGGUUGGUAGAUCUAUUGGGGAAUAACACUUUGUUAAGAUAGCUCUAGUUUUCCAUGCAUCCUAACUAAUAUAUAC